GGCCCACCGCCCUUGGGAUGAUGGCUGGCCUGGGUGGGGAAACCAAAAUGCCCUGAAUUCCAGCUUUUCCCAAGCCCGGAUCAUGGCAAGAUUUUGGAGCUCGGAAGAAUAUAAGAUGAUUGCUGGUUCUUCAGAUCCUAUGUCACAAACUCUGUAUUUGCGUGAGGAGAAAACGGUAUUGUCUCUUUGUUUCCUUUGGAUUGAAUUGGAAAGGCUUGCAAUAAAUAGAGUCACGAGCCAGUGCGAGAGUCUCGACGCCGACUUUGACGGAGUCUUGGAUGACCGAAAGUACGACGUUGACCUUAUGAUGGAGACCAUCUCCAUGUUUUCAGAUCCACAAUCUCGUUCCAAGAGUCCCACCCGAAAACCCAAGGACCUGUGCAGGGAUAAUCAUCUGAACUUCAGAGCUCUGGAUGAACAGAAAGAAUUGGUGGAAGAAGACUCAUCCCCAGCACCUCAACCAGUCGUGGAAGAGAUUAUUGUUCCUCGCAAGGAAGAAAAAGAGGUCCAGAUAAAGAACCAAGCAGUUCAACGUGAAGAGAAGGCAAGCGAGAUGUCAUCUAGGAGGACCUUGGACACCUUAGUCACACCGACUGGACCCAUCAUUAUCUUGCUCGAAUCAGGCUCAACCGAACAACUUAAAGAAGAACGCAAAGCUCUUGAGGAACCCAAAGUUGUUGAGAGGGAACUCUCACCGCCCCGUACUCCGCCAAAAUGUGAAGCUUUGGCCGUCUUGCCACCACCUUCCGAAGCUCCACGAUCCGUUCCACUUCCAGACAAGAUUCCACCAGCCUUCCCGCCUCCUUCUCCGCAGGAACCGAAGACUCUUCAAUCAAAGUGCUUUGAGGAAGGCUCGGUCCUUCGAAUAUUGUUUGAGAGGACCAAACCCGUCUUUGACAUGGUCCCGAAGGGUCUUCAUACUAUCAUACAAGAAAUUGCAUCGAUGCAUCACCCACAGACGGCGGUCCCAACCGAAACAAAGAAGGACGAAGUGGACAGCAUUUUGGUGACCCACAAGGGGAGACUUUUAUCUCAACGAGGAAAGGAGAAGGCUACCAGUGAAGAGACUUCUCUCUUAUUGCCAGCUGAGAAGGAAAAUUCUUCAGCUAUGGCCACCAGCCUCAGCUCAUUCGUGGUAUCGCCCGUCGGACAGGUCUUUGCGGACACCAUCGAGCGGGCGCUCAGUAAAUCCGAGGAAUGGCUGAAUUAUUACCUUCCAGCACCAGAGUCUAACAAAGCCAUCCCAGGAGGAGCGGACACAUCUAUGCAGGAUCUUUGCAAAGAAGGUUGUUUCAUGAGGAUCAACUCACUUUCGACCCAGCUGAGGAACCGGGCCUUCAAAAUUGUGUUGCACCAAAUCAAGGCAGCGCGUCAAAACACACACGAGAACCUCUCACUGCUUGAUCAGAUUUUAGAGAUGGUGGAAUUCGCCCAAACCACGGGGAGCACCACUUUGUCCAAUGUCCCACAAAAGCUGGCUAAUUUGUGGACUCAAUGGAAUACAUCCCAGGGUUUGCCCAACACACAGCCAACAUCGGCUACCGUCAAAGAGUCCCUCUCUUUAAUGCCUGAGCAACUGGAGAUGAAAGCUUUCCUUCUGACCCGUGACCUGGCCCGGGAGCUCUACCACACCUAUCACAACCUCUUGCCGCAUAUCUCCGAGCUGCCGGCGCACCUGCAGGAGAAGGUGACUCAGAUCCACGAAAACCUGGAGGAGAUGCAGGGCUACCUGUCCUCCAGCACCAACCUGAGGGAUCUGCCCAACAGCAUCGUUCUCCAAAGCCGGCAAAAAAUAGCCACGGCCCGGGAGAAUCUGGAUGAGCUGUUGGAAUUCAUGGGAAAGAAUGCGGGGUCUCCUUGGCUACCCCAGGCCAGUUCUUCUCCCUCAGGCAAGGAACUGUUGUAUCAUCCCACCCUCAGGCAACGAGAAGGGACCACCUCUGAGCAGAAAGUCAAGGCAGAGAGCACAGGGUCUCGGCAGUUUCCCCACCCACCACCUCCAGCCCCACCUCGACUGUAGCCUCCUUUGACCACAAAUGCCAAACGUUGAAAGGCUGAUGAGCUAGCGGGCUUCGGUUCCACCACAGAAGCCGUGGGAGGGAGACGGAGGUCUCGUAGGGCUGGGGAGAGGUAGGUCAGCUUCCCCUGGGCCAGCAGAAGGGCUUCAAGGCAUCGUUUCCAAUUAAAGACCCUUGGAAACCA